AUGGACAUCGACGACGUGCUCGCGGAGGUCCUCCAGCUAGCGCCUCGCGCCGCGCAGCCUGGCCGUGUCGCGCAGCGAUGCCCUCCUGAUGCCAGCAGGCUGGAUGCCCGCUUCGGCUGGCGCGAGGAGUACCUCGCGUUCGACCCCACGGUGUCGCCGCACUACCAGGUGCUCCUCAUCCAUACCUACUUGGAUGACCCAGCACUGGAGGGAUCGCAAUCGGAGUGGCCGCCGUCGCCGUACACCAUACCUGUCUACUCAUCCAGGACGGGAGCGUGGGAAGCAAGGCCCUUUGUCCGGGAAGGGGCCGCCGCAGGGACCGUCGCCGGCGUGCGCUCCGCCAAGGAGCCUCCAUAUCGCCACGCUCUCUGCCGGCACGAAGCGCUAUACCUGCACUGCAAAGGUGAUUUUGUUAUGCGGAUAGCCUUGUCAGAUAACAAGUACCAAGUAAUAAAAUUGCCGGCGGGUAUUGACGCGAGCGUGUUUGAUGAAAUGUAUCUUGGGAAAUCGGAGAAAGGGGUUUACUGCGCUGUAGUUGAGAACGAGGAUUACCGGCUUCUGGUUCUGUUUCUCGAUGAAUCUGGUGGCAGGAUGGAAUGGGUUUUUAAGUAUGACAUCAACUUGGCGCCUUUGGUGGUGAAUCUCUCUCGCAACCACAACAGAAGAAUCGACAGACCUUGGACUUUACAGGAUGGUAACCGCCACAUCGAUCAUGGCCAAGGGGUGAAGGUGCCGGAGGAUUUGCAAUGGGAUUCCGAUGACGAUAAUGUUCUUGACAUUGAAGACACGGGCGAAAAGUUCCGCUACGACUAUAUUUUUUUUGUUUGGGUUUCACCCCUUUAAAGAAGUGGUCUUCUUGUUUCUAUCGAAUCAAAGAGUUUUUGCUUGCCAUUUGAAGAGCUCGAAGAUCCAAAAUUUAGGCCAAAUGAAAGUACCAUAUCAUGGUGAUGUUAUAGAUACAGCUUUUGUUUACACACCUUGUCGGAUGGGAGACUUGUGUUAAUACAACUCUUUCGUACGCGUAGAGUAUGUACAUGCAAACCAAUUGUUAUUUCA